ACUCUCGGAAUUUUCCCUCGACGGCGACGCGCGGGAAAAUUACCAAAAAAAAAAGGAUCAAUCCUUGAAUCGACGAACAGUUGGGCCAAGAAUUCAACUCCCGGAUUUUAACGGUUCGCGGAUUUCGGUUUCGGUCGGUUGAAGUUGUUCGUUAGUCGGAAAUUUAUUGAAGUUGGGUAAAAUUUGGGAAAGGUGAAAUGGAAGAGUGUUAACGGAAAACCUUUUCGUACAUACGUUAGAAAUGUGCCAGCAAAUAUUGUAGUAAGCAGAUCGUGUGUGAAAUUCUCCUCGAGGAAAUCCGAUAUCUCGUACAGAGAAGUGAUGAUGAUGUCGUAAAAAAGAGCACAAACAGAGAUUAUGCUAAUGCUGAAUCGUUCACCAUCGUCAUCGUCGUCGAGUGAUGGAGGAAAAGUCCAAAAAAACAAGAAAGAAAAACGCGACGACGAAGCUUGGAUGUCAUUGUUCCUUCGCUCCCCGAUGCAGAAGGUGAUGAUGAUGUUAUGAAUGUGGUGGGAGUGUGAGUGAAGUUUUUUGUUCCCCAUUCUUUGAUAUUCAUUCGGAAAAGUGCCUCCCCACUGACUGACCAAGGUCAGGGAAAAAUCGUACAAAAUGAAGAAAAGCGCCAAUAGUUUGUCCCCGAUUUCACCGUUGCCAAAUACUCCGCCACCGAUGAGGAACGCCUUCGAGGGGAAAGUGCCCUCAUCGCCAUCGUCGGCCGUGCCACCGCCCACGCCGCCAAAUCUAGCCAACAGUCCCCCGGCUGCGGGAUCAAUGGCCUCCGUCAAGCUGCCAAAUUCCGGCUCCAGACCAACGCUGAGCAUCACGAGUAACAGCAAUCGAUGCAGCAGCCUGUUGGAUGCCGACGAUAUUACCCCGAUUACCUCGCCGCUGCCAAACAUAAUCUGUCCCCAGGAGAUCUACACGAUCUUCAACCGAGCCGGGUCCCAGGAUCAGCAGAAUCAGGAUCAGAACCAUGAUCAAUCGGAUGGAAUAUCCCGGACCGAAUCGUCGGCUCGUCUAGCCGCAAACAAUCACCGGAACUCGAUUUACCUGACUAAUAACAAUAGUAACAGUAACAGUGGAAACAAUAUCGCCGGAAGUAGACAUUCGCGAUCCCGACGAUCGUCGGAACUUUCGCAACAUCAGCGAAACAGUAGCCUUGGUGGGGAGCAGCAGCAGCAACGGUCGACCAAUGCUUCGGUUAAGUCGACGCACAGCUCGACGCAGCGGAACCGGAAACGGAGCUCGACUCAUAUCGAGAUGAAUGUGAGCGGUGGCCACGAGAGGCCGCGCUGCUUGAAGUCUAGCUUUCUGAGACGGAAGUGUAAGGAGUAUGCAGAUGACGACGAUGCCACAACCUCCGGGGUGACUUUGGACGACUCCGAUAAGCGAGUGAUACUGUUGAAUCAAACUCAGCGGCAAAAGUACUGCAACAAUCAUAUCUCGACGGCAAAGUAUAGCGCCAUAAGUUUUAUACCCUCGUUUUUGUUCGAGCAGUUCCGGCGGUAUUCGAACUGCUUCUUUCUGUUCAUCGCGCUGCUGCAGCAGAUCCCGGACGUUUCGCCGACCGGUCGUUUCACCACCCUGGUCCCGCUGAUCUUCAUCCUUUCGGUCAGCGCCAUCAAGGAAAUCGUCGAGGACUUCAAGCGGCACCGGGCCGACGAUGAAAUCAACCACCGGGAGAUCGAAUCGCUGCAGGGCGGCCAAUGGCGCUGGAUCAAGUGGAAGGAGCUGGCGGUCGGGGACAUCGUCAAGGUCCAGAACAACACCUUCUUCCCGGCCGAUCUGGUGCAGCUCUCCUCGAGUGAACCCCAGGGCAUUUCCUUCAUCGAAACGUCCAACCUCGAUGGGGAGACGAAUCUGAAGAUCCGGCAGGGCGUCCCGGCCACCGCCAAAAUUCUCGAAACCAAAGAUUUUAUCCAGUUUUCCGGUACGCUCGAGAGCGAACCGCCCAACCGGCAUUUAUACGAGUUCAAUGGGGUGCUGAAGGAGACGGGGAAGGCAGCGGUUGCCCUCGGACCCGAUCAACUUCUGUUGCGAGGCGCUAUGCUUCGGAACACCUCCUGGGUAUUCGGCAUCGUCAUCUACACCGGACACGAUACGAAACUUUUGCGAAACUCUACCUCAGCGCCGCUCAAGCGCUCAACCGUUGACAGACUGACCAAUACGCAAAUAUUAAUGUUAUUUUUCAUUCUCAUCUUUCUUUGUAUCGUGAGUUGCAUUUUCAACCAAAUUUGGACGAAAGAUCAUUACAAAACCGAUUGGUACUUAGGCAUAAGCGAUUUGUUAAGUAAAAAUUUCGCCUACAACCUGCUGACGUUUAUUAUUCUGUACAAUAAUUUAAUUCCAAUAUCGCUACAAGUUACGUUAGAGUUAGUCAGAUUUCUUCAGGCAAUCUUCAUCAACAUGGACAUCGACAUGUACCACGAGGAGUCCGAUACCCCAGCGAUGGCCCGGACCUCGAACCUGAACGAGGAACUCGGCAUGGUGAAGUACAUCUUCUCGGACAAAACCGGAACUCUGACGCGGAACGUGAUGGAAUUCAAGAAGUGCACCGUGGCCCGGACAAUCUACACCCCGGAGGACAAUCCGGCCCAAUCGCAGCUGGUCCAGCACAUCAUAAAUAACCACCAUACGGCGCCGAUCCUGAGGGAGUUUCUAACGCUGAUGGCCAUCUGCCACACGGUGAUACCGGAGAAAUCGGACGCGGACAACAUCCAGUACCAUGCGGCCAGUCCGGACGAGCGGGCUCUGGUUUACGGUGCCAAAAAGUUCGGCUACGUCUUUCACACCCGAACGCCCACCUACGUUGAGUUCGAGGCCCUCGGAGAGCACCAGCGCUUCGAAAUCCUGAACGUGCUCGAGUUCACCUCGACCCGGAAACGGAUGUCUGUGAUAGCCCGGAACUCCAAGGGCGAAAUCAAGCUGUACUGCAAGGGAGCGGAUACGGUGAUCUACGAACGGCUUGCCCCCAACGGCCAAGCCUACCGGGAAACGACCCUGCAACAUCUGGAAGAAUUCGCCACCGAAGGUUUGCGAACGCUCUGUUGUGCUGUGGCCUCCAUUCCGGACGAUGUCUACGAAGACUGGAAGCACACCUAUCACAAGGCGUCCACCUCGCUACAAUAUCGGGAGCAAAAGGUCGAAGACGCGGCCAACCUUAUCGAGACGAACCUGAUGCUGCUGGGAGCCACGGCCAUCGAGGACAAACUGCAGGACGGAGUACCUGAAACCAUAGCUUCGUUGAUCGAAGCCAAAAUUAACGUAUGGGUCCUGACAGGGGACAAGCAGGAGACGGCCAUCAACAUUGGGUAUUCCUGUCAGCUGCUGUCGCACGGGAUGGACCUCAUCAUUCUGAACGAGGACAGUUUGGAUAACACCCGAAACUGCAUCCAGAGGCACAUCGCCGAGUUUGGCGAUCAGCUGCGGAAGGAGAACAACGUAGCCCUUAUCGUCGACGGGAAAACCCUCAAGUACGCCCUGAGCUGUGAUCUUCGGACCGACUUCCUGGACCUGUGCAUAUCCUGCAAGGUGGUCAUCUGCUGCCGGGUAUCACCGAUCCAGAAGGCCGAUGUGGUAGAACUCGUCACCACCAAUACCAAAUCCGUAACGCUUGCCAUCGGAGACGGAGCCAACGAUGUGGCCAUGAUCCAGAAAGCGCACGUCGGGGUCGGAAUUUCCGGCGUCGAAGGACUGCAGGCGGCCUGCGCCUCCGACUACUCGAUAGCACAAUUCAGUUACCUGCGGAAGCUGUUGCUGGUCCACGGGGCCUGGAACUACAGCCGGAUGUGCAAGCUGAUCCUGUACAGCUUCUACAAGAAUAUCUGCCUAUAUGUGAUAGAGUUGUGGUUUGCCAUUUACUCCGGAUGGUCUGGUCAAAUUCUGUUCGAACGAUGGACAAUCGGUUUAUACAACGUGUUUUUCACGGCGUUACCACCCUUCGCGAUGGGUCUUUUCGACAAGGUGACAUCUGCGGAACAAAUGCUGAAAGAACCAAGGCUUUACGAACCAUCCCAAAGUGCCCAACUGUUUAACGUUAAAGUAUUCUGGUACUGGAUCUUCAACGCGCUGGUCCACUCCAUCUUCUUAUACUGGCUGCCAAUGUUUUCCUACCAGGGCGACGUCAUCUGGGGGAACGGACGGGAUGGCGGCUAUCUAGUGUUAGGCAAUAUAGUUUAUACUUAUGUAGUUGUAACGGUCUGUCUGAAGGCUGGUUUGGUGACCAACUCUUGGACGUGGUUGACGCAUUGCUCCAUCUGGGGCUCAAUGGUGCUGUGGUUUAUGUUCAUUUACAUUUAUAGCAAUAUUUGGCCAGCCCUACCGGUCGGUGCGGUCUUCACCGGUAUGGACGAUAUGAUCUUCUCAUCGCCGAUGUUUUGGUUGGGAUUGUUCCUGAUCCCGAUUACGGCAUUGCUUCCCGAUGUUGUGGUUCGAGUGAUCAAAAAUCGAAACCAGGACCUGACGGCACCGCAUCCCAUCAAGGAAUCGCGAUCUUCAUGGUUUCGCCUUCUCGCAGGAGGAGGGCGGCAACGUGUCCCAGACGGACGUGAUCCGGGCGUACGAUACCAACCUGCCGAAACCGGAUGGGAACUGAGAGCAGCGGCCCGAUUUUUGCUACGAAAACUAUUUUUCCGUGUGUUAAUCAGGUGGCGGCUGCCAUUUCGAACAACAGGACGGCGGAAACAGCAGCAGCAGCAGCGUUUCUCAAACCCACCAACCCACCACCAUCAUCGUUCCACGUUCGUGAUUUGACGUUUGUGGCGUUGGUGGUAUUGGUGGUGGAGGAAAAAAUGGCGUCAUCUGAGAUUAAAAAGCGUCAUCGACGUGAGACUAUUGUUUUUGGCAAACAGGCCACCAGGCCGAGAGAGAACGUUGGUGUAUAUGUGUAUGUGCAUGUAAAAAUAAAGUAAACAAAAUAUCACAACAACCAUUUAUUUAUCUACUAUAUACAAACUAUUUGUCGAUGGGUAUGAGUAAAAUACAGCAACAAAAAAAACAAAGAAAAGAAAACAAAAACUAAACCGAUUGAAAACAAAACCGAUUAUCUAGAUGUAAGCGGCCAGGGUAUAUUUAUAUAGAUAAACUAAAAGAAAAAAACAGAGAGAGAGUGACAAAUUACUGUAACAGUGCGAAAAUGGAGUUAUUUAUUUAUUUAUAGGUGUGAAAAAUGAAGAAAAAAUAACAUAAACAAGCUACUAAGUGAAGGUAUUUAUAUAGCCAGCACUAGUUAUAGUUUUAUUUUGGUAUAAUUUUGCAGAUACAGUACCGUUCAUAAUUGUAUAGAAAUUGGAAGCACGCGCACUGUCAUUUCGGCUUUGAACUUCCAUAACUUUUUUACUCUGAUGAUAUUUUUUGAUCAAAUUUUUUGCAUUAGAUAGAUCAACUAUCGCACUAUUAUAUCCCAAAAUUUGAGCUUUCUGGAGUUUGUGUGGCCUGAGAAACAGUAAUUCUACGAAAAUCGGACUUUUUGGACUUUUCUCAUUCAAACUGCAAUAUCUCUGAAACUACGCUACAUUUUUUAUUGAAAUUUUGUAGAGUGAUUAUUGAAACAUAAAGCUAGCAUGUCUGAAGUUUUCGAAAAGUUCUAUCGAUAAGAUCAAAAUUUACGCGAGGUGCAAUAUUUCAGGCAUGAACCUAGAAAUGCGAUUUCUAUACAAUUUUGGACGAAUGUUUCCAUAGGAAAAUCAUAUUCUCUGUUUAACAACCAGUUAAUCAAUUUCAACCAAAAAAUCAAAACAAUAUCGUUAGAUUCUGAUUUCAAAACACAAAUGGACCAUUUAUUCCAUUUUUCCUUUUCUUCAUUGCUUUUGCCAGACAUUUUUUGGUUGAUUGUUGGAUGGAAACGAUAUUGUUUUCAUGAAUCGUCCAAAAUUCUAUAGAAAUCGUAUUUCUAGGUUCAUGCCUGGAAUAUUGCACCUCGCAUAGCUUUUGAUCUCAUCGAUAGAACUUUUCGAAAACCUCAGACAUGCUAGCUUUAUAUUUCAACAAUCACUCUGCAAAAUUUCAAUAAAAAAUGUAGUGUAGUUUCAGAGAUAAUGCAGUUUGAAUGAGAAAAGUCC